CAUCUCGAGUGAUGAUGGAAACAAGAUGACUCCAUGAGUGUGAGUGUGAGUAAUCGUGGUGAGAGAUCAAUGGAAGAAUCACACGAGAUAUUAUUAAACUCACUUUCAAAAGCCGGAGUUCCGAUCCCGCCGGAAGUUUCCUCCGUUCAAGAUCUAACACCGGAAGCUUUAGUAUCGAUCUGUGCUCAUUCGCUUCGUAUAAUUUCAAACUCGGAUUCAUUUCCGAUCACUUUACCGGAAUCUAUGGCCGAUCGGUUCACUGUAUGCACCGAUCUCGCUUCAUCUGUUAAAGACCUAGGUUACAUCGGCGAUAUGAGCUUUCAUAAGUUCCUGUAUCCAUCUGAAGAAGACAUGUAUAAGCUGAUUAGAUUUUUGGUUGGGAGGCUCUCUGAAUCGUCUCGAACUGCAGUAUCACCCGAAACAGAGGACGAUAAUGCCACUACAACAACACAUGUUGAUAUUCUGGAAAGAUCCGUUAACGAUGCUGAUGAUAGACAGGAUUUGCACACUAAAGUUGAAGACCUGAAACUGAGAACCGAUGAUGUGGCAUCACAUACAAUUCAGUAUGCUGAAGAUGUUGUGACUGAAAAUGGUAAUAGAAGAGAGGAUUCAGAUACCAAUAAUGCCAUAUUAAUAGAGGAUGCUCGGUGUUCUAGAAACUCUGUCGGUGGUAAGGUCGAGGUUAUAUCUCAGGAAGAUGGUCAACAUAAACGUGAGCGGUCAAUGUCGCCUCUUCAAGACAAAUCAUCCCAGGAAAGUGUACGGACGAGUGACAAGACAGAAAUUUUAAUAAAUCAAGAAAAUGUGUUUACAGAUGAAAUGAAGGCAAAAUCAUUGAUGCUACAACAAUUGGAAGAGCAACAUGAUAUGUUGAAAGCAGCAAUGGAAAUGGCUUGUGAUGAACAUACCCCUUUGGAGUCCUACAUAACACAGCUCAGUAAGCAAAUAGAUGCAAAGAAACAUAAUAUAGCAGAAAUGGAGUCAAAAUGGGAAACAAUCAUAAAGCCUUUAAAAGACGAGAAAAGAAAUUUUGAAGAAGAUCUAUGUGCAAAACAACCCGAGUCUCAAGAAAAACAUCAACAGUGGAAAAAACUCGAGCAGGACUUAGAGUCCACAUUGUCUGAAACAAAUCAAAGAGAAAAGGAACUUUUGAAUUUGAAAGAAGAAAUUGAGAAACUACCGAAGUCGGCAUCAAGAAGAUCCUACAUUGAGCGGAUAAAAGAGAUUACUAAAAACAGCCGAAAACAAGACAUUGACAUAGAACGUAUUUUGAAAGAUACCCGAGAUCUUCAACUGGAGAGCAACAUGAUUCAAGAACGCCUGCAUCGAACUUACGCUGUGGUAGAUGAAACACUUCUAAGGGAAGCAAAGAAGGACCAGGUAGGAGAACAAGCGCACAUUUUGCUGACAACCAUCCAUGAGAGUUUUCAAGAAAUUUCAGAGAAGAUCCUUGCAGCUGACAGAACGCGUAGAGAAGAAACGGAUCUCGAAACUAAGCUUUCAAGUAUUGCUACCCGAAGUUUAAACAUGGACAAACUACAAGUGGAUCUUGAUGCCAUCAGGAAAGAAAAUGAAUACCUUGAAUCUCGUUUGGGUAAUCCUUAAGGCCCCGUUUGGUUCACAGAAUUCAUUUUAACUGGAAUUUAAACAAAAGGAAUCGGAAUCUUCUCCUUUCUUACCAAAAUCACCGCCACCUGAUGCCACCACCGCUAAACAGGUUUAUUUUGUCAAACGCAUUGAUUCCCAUUCUGGUAGACGUAUCCAGAUUCCAAUUACUUGACAUAUUUUAGUUGUUUUGAAAAAUUUUGACCAAAUGCCUCCAAGAUCUUUAAACCUUUGAUUUGGGUUAACAGAAAAGAGCAUACUUUAACUUUAUAAAGUUUGUAUGAGCCCGUCUUUCAUUUGAUUUUCCCGUUUUCUUUCAUUCGUCGUAUUAGAAAAUCGUCUUUCAUUGUAAA